GCUGCUCCAAGAUCUUGCCCCUGAGGAUGCGAGGCCAGCUGCACUUCUGCCCAGAGAUGAACUCUUCUGCCUGAUACUACCAAGUUUUUGUUCCACACUAGCUAAGUCUGAUACAAGAUGAUGCAGAUUAUGAAGAAAACGAGUAUCAGGGAUAAUUUUAAAUGACAAAAACAAGGGUGUGGUUCCAAUAUUCAAAAACAAUACUAGAUGUGUGUAACAAGAAAAGGAACAAUAGAGAGUGUUAUGUACAGAAUUAACUGGCAUCUUCAGGAUACCUGCAAUUUAAACGUACAGGUGCUAGAGGCGGAUGAUAUCCUGCAAGAAUGUAAAGCCGACAACAGGAAUUUGAUGCUGUUCAUCACAAAGCCAGAGAUCCUGGCGGAACUGAUAACGCUGAUCACGGAGGAGCCGCCGGACAGCGUGGAGCUGACGGCGCAGUAUCGGUACACGAGCAUCGCGUGCUAGGUGCUCACCAGCCACCUGUCUAUGCUCAGCGACUGGUUCUCGCUCGACGUCACGCAGAUGAACCGGUUCUGCGACUUCCUCAACAAGGAGCCGCCGCUUAACCCGCUGCUCGCCUUCUAUUUCAGUAAAACUAUCGAAAUAAAAAAAAAUUAAGUGUAUCUGUCUAAAUAAACUGAAUAAAUAAA